UAGGGCUUUGAGGUAGAGAAUAGAAGAUUGUAGCAAGCAAAGCAAAGACCAAAUUAAAGGAAGAAAAUGGACGACGAUGAUAAUGAUCGUCUAUUCCAGAGAGAGAGGUACCAAAUGGAGCAAAUUCGUGAGCUCGAUUCCGAGGAAUUGCAGAUUGAAGAAGUCGAUGACCUUGCCGACUCAUCCGAUGCCGAUGAUACCAAUAACCGUGGCCAUGGUGGGGCUUCAGCAUCUGGUGAUUUUACUUUUGACACCGGUUUGGCUUCCUUACAUACAUACCUCGGUGAGGUUGAGGAGACCCAUCAUAGGAUGGCUUUCUUGGACGGUGGUGCCAUAUCAAAUCUGCCACUAUUCUAUCUUGAAGGGGUUCUGUUUCCAGAGGCUACCCUUCCUCUAAGAGUUGUACAACCUAACUUUAUAGCUGCUGUUGAAAGAGCUUUGUGCCAAGUUGAUUCUCCUUAUACCAUUGGUGUGGUUCGGAUUUAUAGGGAUCCUGAUAAUGGGAGGAUGAGAUUUGCAACCGUUGGGACAACUGCAGAGAUUCGGCAAUACAGACGGUUAGAGGAUGGUUCACUGAAUGUGGUUACCCGUGGCCAACAACGUUUUCGUCUGAAACGCCGGUGGAUUGAUGUGGAAGGGGCACCGUAUGGAGAGGUCCAAAUCAUCCAGGAAGAUUUGCCCUUGAGGACUCCACGAGAUGCCGUAGGACAACUGGCACCUUUGAGGAAUUUACGAGAACCACCUCUGAAAACUUCAAAUGCUAACCGCUGUGGACGUGGAGAUGAAGAGGAUGAUUCAGAUGGAAUAUCAGAGGAAAGUUUUGAAUGUGAGCUUUCACUGACAGAGAGGAGAUUGCAUCAAUCUGCAGUUGUUUCCUGUUAUGGUUAUGAUAUGGUUGACAUGGCAACUAGUAGUGAUGAUGAGAAAUAUGCAUGUGAGUCAGAAUUCCAGUUGGAAAAAUCUCAAUUAAAUGAGGAGCAUGCAGAAGGUGGCAAACGAAGUGAAAAUAAUAGCCUGGCAAUGGGGAAAAAGUUGAUUUCAGGAAGACAAUCUCAUAAAGGAUAUGGGUGGAAAAAGGAUUCUGUAAGCAGGUUGCGUGAAGGGCCAAGAGCUUUCUGGCCUUGUUGGGUUUACCGUUUGUAUGACUCAUAUUGUCUUGCUCAGCAAGCAGCAGAUAAGUGGAAGCAGAUUGUUGGGUCGCCAAGCAUGGAUGGAUUUGUGAAGAAACCGGAUCUUCUCUCAUUUUAUAUUGCCAGUAAAAUUCCUGUGUCUGAAUCCAUGAGGCAGGAGCUUCUGGAAAUUGAUGGAAUUUCUUAUAGACUGCGCCGGGAAAUUGAGUUACUUGAGAGUUUUGAUCGUGUUCGGUGUAAAAAUUGUCAGACUGUGAUUGGGAAGCGGAGUGAUAUGUUGGUGAUGUCUAGUGAAGGUCCUCUGGGUGCUUAUGUGAAUCCACAAGGCUAUGUCCAUGAAAUAAUUACGCUGUAUGAAGCAAAUAGCUUGUUGCUCCGUGGAGGUCCAACUAAAGAAUACAGCUGGUUCCCUGG